AUGACGAUUGAUAGAGCAGGUCGUCCGCCCGCACCUCGUCGGACCUCGACGUACAGAAGCUACGAUGAACUCGGUAUAAUAGAUAGGGGAAGGCCACUUAGAUAUCGGCAUGGCGGUAUCGAAGAUUUAUCGGGGUUAGAACAACCCCGAAGUCAUAGAUCUUAUAAUCCACGCGAUUUGGAUGAUAUAACUGUUAUAAGCUCGGAAGAGAUAACUAAACCGAAGCGGAAAACAAUGGAAGGUUUGGCGAGUGGCUUUAGAAGGACAUUUUCUGUAAGAAGUAGAAGGGAGCCGGAAGGCAUACCCAUGGAUACGUUUAGUGUUACAUGUGAGGAAAAUUUCGCAACAGUUAGAGGUGCGCCUUUCGGUAGACGUAGAUCUUUGUCUAGGGACAGAGGAUCAUCAUUGCUGGGUCGGAGUUCUUCAGAAGGAGAUGUGAGAUUACCCAUCCCUCGCGCUCCGCCCGUUAACCCCACGCCUAGACUGCAUCGCUGCCUCCGAGCCCUAGGAGGGAGUUGGAAGAAUCUUUUACUAUGUGAGUCUUCG